AUGCAUUAUUUUUAUGGAGUUGCACAAGGAGACGGCAUUAAAGCAGCGCGUCUGUAUCGCGAACAACUUCAACGCCGUGGUGGACCGCAACCUCCGCGAUAUCCCGACCACCGUGUUUUUAUUAACACACACAAUGCUUUAAUGGCAGGCCGCAUUCCUGGUCAACGCGGCAAUCGUGAAGCUAUCCUUAGAGCAGACCCGGAUCGCACAGAAGUGGUGCUGGAAGCAGUUCAGCGAAAUCCGUCUACAAGUACGAGAGCCAUGGCUCGUGCUUUCGACAUCCCAAGGACUUCUAUCCAAGCCAUAUGUACUUCACGA